AUGUUAUUGUCUGAACAAGAAAACGAAAGAAACAGAAACAGUCAAUGUUCAUCCUCAUCAUCUACAAAAACACAAGCUUCUAAUGCACCUACAGCAACUUUAUCAGUACCACCCCCAACAAAUGAAAUUAUUAACAUUCUUCUUCUUGGUGAAAGUGGUGUAGGCAAAUCGACAUUUAUUAAUGCAUUUGUCAAUUAUCUUACAUUCGAAACACUUAAUAAAGCUGAACAAGGUAAACCUGUUGUACUCAUACCUGUUUCAUUUCUUAUGACAGUUGGAAACAAUUUUGACGAGUGCAUAGUAAAAUUUGGUAAUUCGGAUAGUUUCAACAAUGAAGAUUUUGAUCAUCCAGGUCAAUCAGUAACACAACAUUGUAAAUCCUAUGUAUUUCAUCUUAAUGAUACUAAUAAAACCAAAUUACGCAUUAUUGAUACACCUGGUUUUGGUGAUACACGUGGUCUUCGUCAAGAUGAUGCUAAUAUGCAACAUAUUUUAGAAUACAUCAAUGAACUAACACAUUUAAAUGCUGUAUGUUUUCUGCUUAAACCAAAUGCAUCACGAAUUAACAGCUUUUUCAUAGCAUGUCUCACUCAACUACUCGAUCUUCUAGGUCCAAAUGCACGUCAAAACAUUGUCUUCUGUUUCACUAACGCACGAUCAACAUUUUACACUCCAGGUGAUACAGCUCCACUACUCAAAUCCAUGCUCCAAUCAUUUUCAUUUGGUGACAUUCCAUUCAUAAAACAAAAUACAUUCUGUUUUGAUAAUGAAUCAUUUCGAUAUUUGGUUGCUCGACAGAAUAGCAUUGAGUUCAAUGAUCAGGACUAUAGUGAAUAUGAAAAUAGUUGGUCAAAAUCAGUCACAGAAUCAAAUCAUUUUCUUUCUUUCGUUUGUAGAGAGCUGAAGUCUCAUGUUAUAAAAGAUGAAUCACAAUCAAUCAAACAAACUCAACUCCAAAUUAGUUGUAUGAUUCGUCCAAUGUUAGAAACAAUGCGAAAUAUUUUUCAAAAUUUAAUCGCAUGGAAGAUGGACACAUCAAACGGAUCGAUCGAACUAAAUCCGAUUGUUCUUCAUCGUUCAGCUGCUGUUUGUUAUACAUGUCCACGUCCGAUUAUCAAACUAGGUAAAUUCUGGAUUAUAAAGGAUUUUCCACAUGAAAUUCAAAACACAUGUUACUCUUGUGCAUGUCCUUCGGAUCAACAUAUUAGAAUUGACUAUAAACUUGACUACACAUACUGUGAAAGGUGCCCAAACACCAAUCAAGAAGAAAUGAAGAAAAGCUUAGAUCUUUUAUUUCGUGCAAGUGCUGAGUUUGCUUAUUUUCUUAUGAAUGUUGCUCGUUCAUCGAAAGAUGAUUCAUUUUUAAUUCAUAUAGUACACAUGAUUAGUCGGGAAAAUGAUCUAUGUACUGGUGAAACGCGAAAUGAAAUGAAUUCAAAAUUAGUGGAAAAACUCAUGGAAUUGAUGGCUAGAUAUCAACAAUCUAUAGAGACGUUGGAGCGAAAUCAAGAGCAUAGUAAUCUGAACGAUAUCAAUGUAUUGAUUCAAACAAUUUAUAAAAAUCCUAUGAUUCAAAAGCAAAUGGAUGCUAUUAAACAAAGUCGAAAGAUCAUAAUGAAACAAUAUGAAUGUGAAUUUUUAAAUGAUUCGACAAACGCAAAAACUUCUUGA